UGAUUGGAGGAGGAGGGGCGUUGUUUGUUAGCCAUUCAACGCUGCCUGCUGGCUAACAGUUGCUGCACUGUUGAUACUGAGAGGGAUAAUUCUUCAAUACUCUAACAAAUUCACAAUUUUAUAAUACGGGUACCGUUUAAAUGGGCUCCAAAAGAAGACGGGCAACUUCUCCCUCCAGCAGUGUCAGAGGAGACUUUGAUGAUGCCACCACGUCCACCCCAGUCAGUGGAUGGAAAAGGAGGAGAGCUUCCACUGCCCCUUCUGUUGAUCAAGUAGGCCUGCACAAUCCUCUACGGACACGUUGGAGAAAGAAUCGCCAUUGGCUUAUUGCUGUGUGCAAUGAAUUGUACAACACUGUCAGAGAUUAUAAGGAUGACCAGGGCAGACAGAUCUGUGAGCUGUUUGUUCGUGUACCAAAGAGGAGGAUCCAGCCAGACUAUUAUGAGGUCGUGAGCCAGCCCAUAGAUAUGAUGAAGAUACAACAGAAACUUAGGGCAGAGGAAUACCAGGAUGUAGAGCAAUUCACAGCAGACUUUCAACUGCUUAUUAACAACGCCAAAACGUACUAUCAGACUGACAGUGCAGAGUAUAGGGCAGCCUGUAGGCUUUUGAAUAUCUUCCUGUCCAUGAAGAAUGAACUGCUCCAGGAAGGGGAAGGAGAGGAGGCAGAUGAUGAUGAGGAGGGUGAAGACAUUGAGAACCCUAGUGCUUCCAUGGAGGAAGAGAUAGCACCAAGUUAUCUGAAAGCUAUAUUAGAGCAGCUCUUGGAGGCCAUUGUGUCAUGCACUGAUUCAUCAGGGAGGCUUAUUAGUGAGCUCUUCCAGAAGCUUCCCUCUAAACUGCAUUAUCCAGACUACUAUGCUGUAAUAAAAGAACCAAUAGAUCUGCGUACUGUGUCUCAGAAGAUACAGGCUGGACAUUACAAAUCUAUCAGUGCCAUGGCCAAGGACAUUGAUCUUUUGGCGAAAAAUGCCAAAACCUACAACGAGCCAGGAUCUCAGGUUUUCAAGGAUGCACAAACAAUUAAGAAGGUCUUUUCCCAGAGAAAGAUAGAGAUCGAGCAGAGUGAACCCAUUAAAUCCAGCCUACGCAUCAGAAACCGGAGGUCUGCUCAGGGGGACCGUCUGUCUGCCCUCACCAUGGCCCUUCAGGCAGGGUCCGAAAGUGAUGAAGACUCACUGCUUUCAGGCUCUGUGCGAUAUGACUCUGGAGAGAUUGAGGCUGAUUGUGGUCUCAGUUCUAACGACCCAAUCUUCCAGCUGUACCAGGCAGUGCGCGGGGCACGAAGUGUUCAGGGGAAGCUUCUUGCUGAACCGUUCCUUCAACUGCCCUCACGCAGGGAAUACCCAGACUACUACCAGCAGAUCAAAAACCCCAUCUGCUUACAACAGAUCAGGGAUAAAAUGAAGAGCGGGGAGUAUGAUGGAGUUGAUCAGAUUGAGGCUGACCUCACACUCAUGUUUGAGAAUGCUAAACGCUACAACAUGGCCAACUCCACCAUAUACAAACGGGCUCAAAGGCUACAGCAGAUAAUGCCGCUUAAGAAAAAAGAGGUUCGAGAUGAUGAUGUAGACGUCUCGGCCGCAGUCUCUGACGUUGGAAGUGGUAAAAGGAAAAGCCAUAAGAAGAACACCAAGAAAAACAGAAUGAAGAUGCUGUAUGCUGCAGUGACCGAAGCACAAGAAGCAGGGUCAGGACGACGCCUUUGUGAACUGUUUAUGGUCAAACCCUCUAAGAAGGACUAUCCAGACUAUUACCAGGUCAUCCAAGAGCCCAUGGACCUGCGUACCAUUGAGAAUAAUAUCCGCACUGAGCGUUAUAACAAUGAGGAUGCACUUAUGGAUGACAUGAAGCUUAUGUUUCGCAAUGCCCGCCACUAUAAUGAGGAGGGCUCUCAGGUUUACAAUGAUGCAAACAUCUUAGAAAAGAUUGUAAAGGAUAAACAGAAGGAACUCGGCCCUGCCCCAGAGGAAGAUGACAUGGGCUCUCCUAAACUUAAGCUUCGACGUAGCGGAGCUGCAGUCUCCCCUAAAAAGGCACGCCCCCAGACCACACCACUUCAACAGAAGCUUACUGAUCUCUACGAAGCCGUGCGCAACUUUACAGACAACCGAGGCCGACGUCUCAGUGCAGUUUUCCUGCGCCUGCCAUCACGUUCUGAGCUGCCUGACUAUUAUGCUGCCAUAAAGCGACCCAUUGACAUGGAGCGCAUUCGCAGCUACAUGGUACUGGGGCGCUACCAAGAUGUGGACUCGCUAGCAGAAGAUUUCAUCCUUAUGUUCAACAACGCCUGCACCUAUAACGAGCCAGAGUCUCUAAUAUAUCGUGACGCACUGCUUCUCCAUCGAGCUUUUUUGGAAGCCCGUCGUCGACAAGAGGAUGAAGAGGAAGGAGUUGAAGGUUGUUUACGUGGUGUGUCGGUUGCCCCACUUGUACGUGAGCUCAUCCGUAAUCUCUUUGUUUCAAUGAUGGGUCACCAGGAUGACGAGGGGCGCUGCUACAGUGACUCUUUGGUGGAGGUCCCAGCCGUGGACCCAGCUAACCCAGAAGACCCACCCCUCAGUUUAGAGAUUAUUCGCAAUAAUGUGGAGCAUGGGCACUAUCGUAGACUGGAUGUGUUCCAGGAGCAUGUGUUUGAGGUGUUGGAGAAAGCUAGACGCCUCUACAGGACUGAUUCCGAGAUCUUUGAGGAUUCAGUUGAGCUGCAGCACUUCUUUGUAAAGAUCCGCGACGAGCUGUGCAAAAACGGUGAGAUCUUGCUGACACCAGCAUUGAGCUACACAUCCAAACAUCUGCAUGCGGACGUAGACCAAGAGAAGCGAGAGAAACUGCCCCAAGAAGUUGAGGAAGACCGGCUGAAAAGAGAGGAGGAUAGUAAAGCUCUUCCAGAAGAGGACAAAGUAGAGGGCACUGUGGGAAGCCAGUGGUCAGCGAACUGCAGCUUUGAGAACAAAACCUACAGUGUUGGAGACUGUGUUUAUGUGCAGCCUGCAGAAGCCAAUUUGCAACCUCACAUUGUCUGCAUUGAGAAACUCUGGAAGGAUGAAGCUGGUGAACAGUGGAUGUAUGGCGGCUGGUUUUAUCGUCCAGGGGAAACGUUCCAUCUGGCCACACGCAAGUUCCUGGAGAAGGAGGUGUUCAAGAGUGACUACUCUAACCGUGUACCUUUAAGAAAAAUCUUGGGGAAAUGUGUUGUCUUGUUUGUAAAGGACUUUUUUAAAUUACAACCAGAAGGCUUCAGACCCGAAGACAUCUAUGUCUGUGAAUCUCGCUACACGGUUAGAACCAAAACCUUCAAGAAGAUUAAGAGCUGGUCCAUGCCGACAAGCACGGUCAAAUUUGUCCCUCGGGAAAUUCCGUUACCCGUAGUCAGAGUCGCCUCCAUGUUUGUCAGUGCUGCAAAACAUGAUCAAGACAAGUCUGACCUUCCUGAUAGAGAUGAUGGUUUCAUCGAGAAAGACCGAGAAGACGUUCCGGUGGAGGUGGCCAAUGGGGAGCCAGGAUGCCAGUACUAUGAACAGCUUCACUACAAUGACAUGUGGCUUAAAUUGGGCGACUGUGUCUACAUACGCUCACAUGGGCAGGUGCGUCCACGAGUAGUCAGGAUUGAGAAGAUGUGGGUCCAGGAUGGAGCAGGAUUCUUCUUCGGACCCAUCUUUAUCCACCCUGAAGAGACUGAACAUGAGCCAACAAAGAUGUUCUACAAGCGUGAAGUUUUCCUCAGUAGCCUUGAGGAGACCUGUUCUAUGACAUGUAUCUCAGGGAAAUGUGUUGUCUCAUCUUUCAAGGAUUUCCUGUCCUGCAGACCAACUGAGUGCGCAGAGGAAGAUGUGCUCCUGUUUGAGAGUCGCUACAUUGAGAGUGAAAAGCAAAUAAAGAAGUUUAAAUGCUCUAAACGUUUCUCCCUCUCAGCCAAAGUGGUUGAUGACGAGAUCUACUACUAUAGAAAACCCAUUGUGCCCCAGAAGGAACCAUCGCCUCUGUUGGAUAAGAAGAUUGAGGAACUAGAGGCCAAGUUUGCAGACAUGGAGGACCUGGAUGAAGAUAUGGAUGACAUGGAGGAAGACGAUGAAGCACCAGCGACACCAAUGCCACCGAGUCAGGCUUCCACAACAAGUGACAUGGAUAUGCCUUAUACACCCCCACAGUCCACACCAAAGAUAAAGGGUUUGUCCAAGAAGGAAGGAGCCAAGCGUAAGAUUAACAUGAGUGGCUACAUCCUCUUCAGCAGUGAAGUGAGAGCCAUUAUAAAGGCUCGUCACCCUGAUUUCUCGUUUGGAGAGCUGAGCCGUCUGGUGGGCACUGAAUGGAGGAACCUGGAAGCUACUAAGAAAGCAGAAUAUGAAGAACGAGCGGCGAAACUGGUGGAGCAUCAAGAACGGGAGAGAGUCCUUCAGCAGCAACAGCAGCAGGCUUCCCCAAGAGCAGGCAUGAUGGGAAAUUAUGGCCCGCCCUACAUGCCUAUGCAGUGUCCUGAGGGCAUGUUGGGCAUGGGUGGCAUGUCACCUCAUCACAUGGGGGUGCCCCAGCUGCCUCCCCAGCACUACCUUCCACCAGGCAUGGCCGGGUACCCUGGUAUGCCCCCUCCGGGUGUGAUGGGCCCAGGAAUGAAUGGAAUGGCAGGAAGUCCUGCUCCUGGAAACCCUUAUGGCAUGCAGAUGGGUGGUUAUGGGUCAGGUCAACAGGCUCCGCCCCCAUAUCCAGGUCAGCUUGGUCAACCAGCUCAGCAACAGCCAACACCACCUAUUUUUGUUGCCCCGCCUCCAAAACCCCAGCGUUUGCUGCAUUCAGAGGCUUAUCUGAAGUAUAUAGAGGGCCUUAGUGCUGAAUCUUCCACCAUUAGCAAGUGGGACCAGAGCCUUAAGGCACAAAGGAAAAAUUGUCAACUCACCAGGGAACAGGAGAGCCGCCUCCCUGCUCACUGGCUGAAGAGCAAAGGGGCUCACACCACGAUGGCAGAUGCAUUGUGGAGGCUCAGAGACUUGAUGAUGAGGGACACUCUUAACAUCCGACAGGCCUACAACCUUUAAACCUUCAACUUACCUACAACCACCACCCCCCCUAACUCUCAGGACUCUUAAUUUAUGCAAGACUAUUCUCCUACCAAAUCUUUCCUAUGAUGACUAAAGAUCUGAUUAAGUAUUAUGUACUCUGUCAGAAAUGCUUCAGAAAUAAUUAUAUUCCAUUGUGUGUGAGUGAAAUAAAUCUUUUAGUCACGUGUUUAGGUACACAUGACGCACUGGAUUGAAGUCACUAAUGCAUCAGCAGAUUUUUAACCACUGAUAUGGAUAUGUUUUAUGCCGUUUUGACAUUUGAAAGUUGCAUUCAUUUUUCUCUAGAUGAAUUAAGUUUGUUUAUGAUGUUGAACCACAUAUGUUUUUAUAUUGUACGCUUUUAACCGUUCAAACUUGCUAAAGAAGCAACUCAGACACUGGUAUCACCAAUGUUUGUAUACCCCCAUAAAGUUAUCUGGCUAUGGCCACGUAUAUCAGUGCGAAUUAGCUUUUAUAAGACUUAAAAUGAGCAAAGUUGUAUUGGGAUGCGGUAGCAUUUUACAAUUGAUUUUUCUUUUUUUAUAUAUAUAAAAUCAAAAUAAGCUGAGUUUAUUUUAUUGAUGUUAUUUUGUAAUUUCCCAGUUUGAACAGCUAUAAAGCCUGUGCGGAAUGCAGUCCCACAAUACUUAUUUGAACAAUUGCAUUAAAAAAAGAACAAAUUCUUGUCAGUUUCAC